AGGAAGCCUAUAUGUAAUCGAAUUCUUGGACCCUCUCUGUUUUUACUUUUCUUUGUGCUUUUAUGAAGCUUAUAUUUAUCUGUACAGCGUUUGCCAAAGAGAGGGAGGGACGAUGAAUCUUGCCGGAUUCUCAACGGCCAUGGAUGGGGUGGCAUGGAGAGGAUUGGUGUACUCGGUGUUCAUACUCCAUUUUGUGUUUGCUUGCCAGCUCCUCCUCCUCCAGCCGCUCGUUUCUGCGUUAGAUGGCAAACCUGGUAGUGACGCGGAGUUGCUUGAGAGGGUUUCGCAAAGUAUAAAAGUGAAACGCUAUAGUGAGGCACUUGAUGAUCUUAAUUCUGCUAUAGAGGCAGAUCCAACACUUUCGGAAGCUUAUUUUCGCCGUGCAUCCGUUCUUCGUCAGCUAUGCAGAUAUGAGGAAUCUGAGAAGAGCUACAAAAAGUUUCUGGAGUUAAAACCUGGGAAUUCAGCAGCAGAAAAGGAGCUUUCUCAAUUGCAUCAGGCUCAGAGUGCUCUAGAUACAGCUUGGACUCUCUUUGAUUCAGAGGACUCGACAAAAUCUCUGGAAUAUGUUGAUAAAGUUGUGCUUGUUUUUUCUCCAGCAUGCUUAAGGGCCAAACUCCUCAAAGUGAAGUUAUUAUUAGCAGAGAGAGACUAUUCCAGUGCAAUAUCUGAGUCUGGACUUGUUCUCAAGGAAGACGAGGACAAUCUAGAGGCUUUAUUGUUACGUGGCCGUGCCUACUAUUAUCUAGGAGAUCAUGAUGUCGCCAUAAGGCAUUUUCAGAAAGGUCUCCGUCUAGAUCCAGAGCACAGUGAACUUAAAAAGGCAUAUUUUGGAUUGAAAAAUUUACUCAAGAAGAGUAAAAGUGCAGAAGAUAAUGUAAAUAAGGGUAAGCUGAGGCUUGCAGUGGAGGAUUUCAAAGCAGCCCUUGCAUUGGACCCUAAUCAUCUUGCACAUAAUGUACACCUUCAUCUUGGAUUGUGUAAGGUGUUAGUCAAGCUUGGUAGGGGAAAGGAUGCUAUAAGCAGUUGCGAUGAAGCACUCAACAUCGAUGGGGAACUUAUUGAUGCUUUAGUUCAGAGGGGUGAAGCUAAACUUCUAACAGAGGAUUGGAAGGGAGCUGUUGAAGAUCUGAAAUCAGCAGCUCAAAAAUCACCUCAGGAUAUGAAUAUUCGGGAAGCACUCAUGAGGGCUGAGAAAGCUUUAAAGAUGAGCCUACGCAAGGACUGGUACAAGAUUUUAGGAGUUUCAAAGACUUCAUCCAUGUUCGAGAUUAAGCGUGCCUACAAGAAGCUUGCUUUGCAGUGGCACCCCGAUAAGAAUGUUGAUAAUAGAGAAGAAGCAGAGGCCCACUUUCGAGAAAUUGCUGCUGCAUAUGAGGUUCUCAGCAAUGAAGAAAAACGAACAAGAUAUGAUAGAGGGGAGGACAUUGAAGAUAUGGGUAUGGGAACAGGUGGAGGCGGUUUCCACCAAAACUUUGGUGGUGGGGGGCAGGAGUAUACAUUUACUUUUGACGGUGGCUUCCCUGGUGGUGGAUUUGGGGGAGGCUUUCCCGGCGGGUUUGAAUUCCAGUUUUGAUUUAGGUAAAGAAUGAGAGGAUGCUUUUUUCCUGAAAGGUUCAUGAAGAAAGUUAUAAAAGUGCAGUUGCUUUAUUUUUCCCAAAGCACCAAUGUGACUAAUUGCUGACUAGUACGUGGCAGUAAAUACUUUGACAAUCCAGAGAGGCUUGGGACAUGAAAAUUAUAUCCCUUGAGAAAGUUUUGCCUUGCGGAAUAUUUGAGUCUGGAAUUUGUAUUUGGUUGAUUGAAGGAAAUUGUUGAGCCCCUGAUUUAGUGUAUAUCAUUUGCGUUUAGAAAAUGGUACCUUUAGAAUCCAACCAGCCACGGAUGCCGGUUGACAUAGUUGAAUUUAUUUUAUUCUCGACAAUGCAAAUAAAUAUUUACCCAAAAAUUGAAA